UGGUGUUUUUCUUUUUCUUUAUUUAUAAAUAUGGUCCAAGUACGUUCAUAAGCAUGGUCGACGAGUUUCAACCCAAAAUGUUUGCGAUGGUGUUGGAUAGGGUCGUUAUUCCUGAGGUACAGAAAGUCUCUGGUUCUUUGGAGCGAAAGAUUUGUGCCAUUGGAAUCACAAAACUAUUAACAGAAACUCCAGCAAUGAUAGUGGGAGAAUAUGCUAAUUACUGGACACCCUUGUUACAAUCUCUGAUUGAAUUAUUUGAAUUACCUGAAGAUGACACAAUACCCGAAGAUGAACAUUUUAUUGAAAUUGAAGACACACCCAGCUAUCAGAUAUCCUAUUCUCAGUUGGUAUUUGCAGGAAAGAAGGAAUGUGAUCCUUUCAAUGGUGCCAUUCCGGAUGCGCGGAUAAAUCUGGCACAGAGUCUGUACAAACUCUCGGUCAAUCAUCCAGGAAAAUUGAUGCCAUUAAUAUCUUCUGGAAUUGGUGAGGAAGCCAUUGCUCAUCUCCAGCGAUAUUUGCAAGCAGCUCAAGUACAGUUAGUGUGAAAAUUGUAUAGUUUCUGUUAUGUCGUGACAGACUGAUUUAUCAUAAUGGUAAAUGUUUCUUGAGAUACUGUAAAAUGAAAAACCAAAGAUUCACGUGUUAUUUCUUCAGAAAUCUCUUUGGUUAUGAAUUUUAGACUGUAUAUAAAUUGUUUGUUUUGCCUAAAUAAAUUUCAUAUGAAGAAAAAUAUCAAAAAUUA